AUGUCGUACUCGAUUGGGGAGAAAGUGUUCGUCAAAUACUCAGAAGGGGUCUGGUACGGCGCGAAAAUCCUUGACCCAUGGAAUGUGGUCGAUCGCGAAGAAAACACCUACCUUGUGCAUUACAUCGGCUGGAACAAGUCACACGAUGAAGUUGUCCAUGCAGAUCUUAUACGAAAAACCAAGCCGGAUAAAAAUGACAAUGAAACAAUCGACAGAAAGCCGCUGAAACGAGGGAGAAAGGGGCGGACGAAACGGGCGCGCCCGACGAAAGCCCAAAUGGCGGAAGAGAUCAAAAAAGUCAAGAAAGAAAUUGAAGAAGAGAAUAAUGCCGCCUUGGCUCCACCAGCAGAUAACACUGACCCUAUAAAUCUCUGCCCGAAAGACACCUUGACGAUUCCCCUCGAAAGAUUAGACCCUACCGCUUCUUACAAUGUCAGAAAUACUUACAUGCAUAAUCCGCGUAAGCCCGUCGCCGAGCUGCGUUUGAUGACGGAGCAAAUGCGCAAAGAGAUCAAAAUGGAAGAAGUCAAAGAGGAGCCCACGACUCCAACAGAAGAUCGACCCUCGACCAGUUUUUUCAAUGAUUCUUCGCUUAUCUUAUGUGACCCGUCCCAAUCCGCCCUAGUUCCAGUCGUUCCUCCAGCGACGCAGCAGGAGGUUUUGAGAAAAAUGAAGCAAGAAGACGGAGAGCCAGACAUCGACUUCAUCAAGUGCUGGGUAGAGCCCUGGCUAAACUUCAAACGCGAGGUUAAAAGCUUUGGAUUUCCUCAAAACGUCGCGCAAAGAGUCAUGGAAAACAACGUCGAAGAAUGUCAACGAGCUCUUCUACGCAUCACGGAGAAAAAUAGACGCAAUUUGCCCGAGAAUAUCAAAGGAAAACAAAAACUCAAACUUUUCAAAGAACAAUUCUCCGAAGAUGAGGAAGACCCGAUUGAUAUUGUUGAAUUCUUUGCUGAUGCUGACGCCUUUUAG